CCCAUCGUGCAGUCACUCACCAGACCCGAUCCACUCUAGCCCUGCCUCCCCCGUUCAUCUUUUCCCCUAACAAUUCGGACCCAGUCGUCGUCCAUCCUCUUGACGUUCUGCUACCUGAUACUACUCCCCUCCUCUUUCUCCGUCCCGAACAUCCGUUGCCACCCGGUCGAGUUCCAUCGCAACGCUCUCGGCUCCUCCCCCACCCCCCACGACUCGCCCCAACCAGCCCCAACCCACCCACCCCAAACCCCUAAUCGAUGGCAGACCCAUCGACAGCAUCGAUAGCGAGCACUUUCCAAACCCUAGCACAACAGUACCGUACCCACCAACAAAUAGAGGCCGCCGCCCAGAUCGAGACGGUCGUGCAGCAGGUCCUCCAGCCGGAACCCGACGAGGCCAGCGCCGCACUGGUGCGCUUCGGAGCCCUGGUCCUCACCUUUCUGGAACACGGGCAGUGGAGCGCGGCGGUCGACGUGGGACAUGCGGUGGUCGAGGCGCGUCGUCGGCUGCUGGGGCCCGACAGCCCGGCCACGCUGACGGCGAUGCACAACCUGGUGUCGGCGUACUGCGGCCAGGGACGAUGGAGCGAGGCGAUCGAGCUGGGGGGUCGAGUGGUGGCGGCGCGACAGACGGUGCUCGGGGCGGAGCAUCCCCAGACCCUGGCCGCCAUGUCCAACCUGGCGGCGGCGUAUCGCAACAAAGGCCACCUGCGACCGGCGGAGGCGCUGGAGACGCAGCUGCUCGAGACGAAGACCCGGACCCUGGGGCCGGAGCAUCCGUCCACGAUGACCUCGAUGAGUAACCUCGCCACCACCUAUACCUACCUGGGCCGGUACGAGGAGGCGGCCCGGCUGGAGCAGAGCGUCCUGGAGCGCAGUGGCCGCGUGCUGGGUCCCCGCCAUGGCUCCACGCUGACGUAUCAAUCCAAUCUCUCGGUCACGCGGCGCGAGCAGGGCCGGCUGGCGGAGGCGGAGCAGCUGGAGGGGGAGGUCCUGGAGGCCCGCCUCGCGAGUCUCGGGGGCCAGCACCCGCUGAGUCUGACCUCGAUGGCCAAUCUGGCGGCGAUCUAUCGCGAUCAGGGCCGCUGCGAGGAGGCGGCGCAGUUGGAGACCCAGGUGGUCGAGCAGAGCCAGGAUCGGUUGGGCGACCAUCCGCAGACCUUCAUGGCGAUGGUGAACCUGGCCACGACCUGGCGCGCGCAGGGACGAGGCGACGAGGCGGCGCGGCUGGGGGCGCGCGCCGUGGCCGUCAUGAAGACGCAGCUGGGCGAGUCCCAUCCGCUGUCUCUGACGGCGAUGGCGGAGCUCGGGCUGACCUUCCAGAGCCAGGGGCGCGCCAGGGAAGCCGAAGCCCUGACGACGCAGGCCCUCCGGGGGAUGCAGAAGACCCUGGGGGACCAUCACCCCCAUUGUCUGACCGCCAUGACCAAUCUCGGCCUCAUCUACCAGUCGCAGGGGAGGUGGAAGGAAGCCGAGGCCCUGGCGGAGCGGGCGGCCCGGGGUCGCGAAAAGGUGCUGGGCAAAUCCCACCCGCUCACCCUGGCCUCCAUGCAGGAUCUCGUCCGGGUCUGUCAGGUUCUGGCCGCAGAGAGGACCAUGGACACGCGCGUGGAGCUCUCGGGUUGAGCAGACCGGAGAGAGAGAUUGGCAUGAGACAUGAUUCGAUGCAGGUGGCGAGUUCAGUCGUUAGCGGAGUUCCGUCGUGAUUUUUUUCGGGAGUACGUACAGUGGAAAUUGAACAGAGAUACAUGAAUAUGAAUAUCACAACCAGAAGACUUGCUGGGAGGAAAGACUCGAAGGAAUU